AUGGCUCUGUGCUCGCUCCUCGCUAAUGUUUCCGAAUCCAGGUUACUUCUUCCUCUAAGGAUAAGUUGCAUUCAAGAAUGCUUCAUUUCUUCGUCGUCAUCCGUAGUGGCGCCAGCACACUCGUGGGGAGGAACCAUUGAGAUCACCGAUGCCGGUGGCCGGCCUCGGGAGCAGAGGAGGGGCUUGAAGAGAGUCUACGACAGGAGUGCCGAUUCGAAUGACACUUCUCCGUCCGAUUCGAGUUCAUCGUCGGGUGCAUGCAAUUCCUUUGGCAAUGUGACGUCCAAUGAGCCUCGUGCUCGUUCUGCUCCCGGUGUUGCUGAGGUAGGAGGUGAAGAAGGAGAGGGUGGCGAGACGGAGCUGCAGGGCCAUGAACUCGUGAGCUUGCUCACGUCCUGCGCCGACUCCAUCAGCUCCGGAAACUACGAAGCCAUCAACUAUUUCUUAGGUAGACUGGGAGACAUGGCCACUCCGAUGGGCACCCCUGUUCAUCGCUUGGUCGCCUACUUCACCGAGUCCUUGGCGCUCCGGGUCGCAAGGCUCUAUCCUCACAUCUUCACCAUCAAUGCUCCUCCGAGGCGCCUCAUCGACGCCAGUGAGGAAGACGACGCCACAGCGCUGCAGCUCCUCGAUCUCAUCAGCCCCAUCCCCAAAUUCCUCCACUUCACGCUGAAUGAGAUGCUGCUGAAGGCAUUCGAAGGUAGGGACAGAGUGCACGUCAUAGACUUGGACAUCAAGCAAGGUCUCCAGUGGCCGAGCUUACUCCAGAGCUUAGCUUCCAGGCCUCGUCCUCCCAGCCACGUGCGGAUCACCGGCGUCGGCGAGUCCAGACCCGACCUCCACGCCACCGGAGUCAGGCUCGCGAGGAUCGCAGAGUCGUUGCACCUCCCAUUCGAGUUCCACCCGGUGGUGGACAGAUUCGAGGAUCUCAGGCUCUGGAUGCUUCAUGUGAAGAGGGAGGAGUGCGUGGCCGUGAGCUGCAGCCUAAUGAUGCACAGGGCGCUGCACGAUGAGAGCGGAAAGGCUUUCAUGGAUUUGCUGGGUCUGAUAAGGAGCACGAACCCAGCGACUGUGGUAAUGGCGGAACAGGAAGCAGAGCACAACGAACCAGACUGGGGGAGGAGGUUAGCGAGAUCACUCAACCACUACGCAGCCAUCUUCGAUUCUUUGGAUGAUGUUCUCCCUCAGGACAGCCAUGCCAGGAUCAAGGUGGAGGAGUUGUUCGCCAAGGAGAUCAGAAACAUAGUUGCUUGUGAAGGAGACGAGAGGAUCGAGAGGCACGAGAGUUUCCAGGGGUGGAGGAGGAGGAUGACGCAGGAAGGUGGGUUUACAUGCUUAGGCAUCGGAGAAAGGGAGAUGCUUCAGAGUCGUAUGAUACUGAGGAUGUAUUCCUGCGACAAGUACAGCAUAGAUGUGGAAGGGGAAGGCCAUGGACUCACUCUCAAGUGGCUGCAUCAGCCUCUGUACACAGUCUCUGCAUGGGUUCCUGUGGAUGUUGCAGGCAGCUCCUCUGCACAUCUCAGCCAAAUCUGAUGGUCUCUGCAUCAUUUCUCUUACAGAUUCUUUUAUACUCUUACACAGACAUCAAAGGUUUGAUCUUUCUAUGUAUAAAAGACUGCACGAUUAAUUCUUUGAUUGCUUUUGCCACUGAGGCACGGCAUCAAUGUU